AUGCGGCUGACGGCAGACGUGAUUCUGCGUGCGCAGGUGUCGAUUAAUCCGCUACGUGAGCGUGAAUUGAACCUUCGAGGUUAUAAAGCCCCUGCUAUUGAAAAUCUUGGUGUAACGCAGGAUGGUUUUGAUUGUAUUGAUCUAUCAGAUAAUGAAAUCAAAAAGCUCGAGAACUUUCCACGUUUGCGUCGCCUUCGUAUGCUAUUGCUGCAUAAUAACCACGUGUCAAAGAUCCAGGAGAAGUUAUCAGAAGCCAUUGCUAACCUGGAAUUCCUCAUGCUUACGGGCAAUCGUAUUGCACAGUUAUCAGAGGUAGAUCACCUUGCUUGCUUUACCAAGCUUGAUACACUCUCACUUAGUGGAAAUCCGGUGACCAAGCGGAAAUAUUAUCGAGAGUAUGUCAUUUACAUGCUGCCGCAGCUGCAUGUCCUAGACUUUCAGCGUAUUCGUCCUCGUGAUCGUGAGGCUGCUAGUGCGUUUUUCAACUCGGGUGUUGGACAGAGAGCUAUGAAAGAGGCCCAUGGUGAAAACGUGGCAGUGUCGACACAGGCGAUGAAGAACAUUUCGAUCACACAGCAACAGGUGGCUCCCGCAGCAAGUGUAGUGCCUCCUCUACCCCCACCGAUCCAUCAGUUGUGCCUCCUCCACCACCCCCCACCGAGUGUUGCUGUUGUGCCUCCUUCACCCCCACCUAGUGUUUCUGUUGUGCCUCCUCCACCCUCUCCGAGUAUUGCUGCUGCGCUUAAGAAGGACACAGUCGAGACACCAAAGAAGAUUGAAAAGCUGGAGCUGAAAAAGGAACCGUCAGGAGUGACGAAAGAAGUGUUGACUGCAGACGUGGAAAUGGAGGAUGCAGACGACGAGGAAAUGGCUGUAAUAUACACGCCACCCAAGCCAAUUCACCAAAUGACUGUGAGUAUAUUGCGCGAGGAGUUGAAGAAGCUAGGUCUAUCAAUCAAGGGCUUGAAAGCUGAGUUAGUAAAGCGCUUGAAGGAAGCUGCUGGCGAAGCAUGA